CCAGUGAAAGACAUUGACAACCAAUAGGAAGCGGAGUGCGGCUUGUUUCCGUGGGAGGCCCCGGGAGGCGAUGCCAAGCCGCUAGAAAGCAACACAGAGAGCGGGGAGAAGCGCAGGCAGCAGCCGGGACUGUGGAGAUCCUGCAGCCGCUCCGUGGCAAUCUGCGCGCGGAUGAAAGCGAGGUCACUUGGGUGACCGGACAGGACACUCUGGGGACUUUGCAGAUCGCUCGUCAAUUAAAGCCACAGCGGUGCAGAAUGGAUAGAUUUCACGACCAGCAAGUGCCUUAUUGUAACUCCAAAACUCAUUCCUCCCUCAGGGACCAUUUAGGUUUCAUCUAAUAAUCAAAGCUAAACAGCUAAACAAGAAGCCGCAAGAAAAGACAACGAGCUGCGAGAGGCCAGCAAAUGACAGAAAGAGAAAAUUCAUUAAGUCCGACCUGGCUCUGGACACUGAAGAGCUCUUCCAGGACCUCAGUCAGCUGCAGGAGACUUGGCUGGCAGAAGCACCGAAGUUUUGCUCAAGUUCCCGACAAUGACGAGCAGUUCGUUCCAGACUUCCAGACUGAAAACUUGGCUUUCCACGGACUGCAGCUGAAGAUCAAGAGGGAGCUGCACAGCCCGUGUUCAGAGCUGAGCUCCAACUGUAGUCAGGAACGGCCCUUCAAACUCCGGUAUGGAGAGAAGUGCCCGUACAACGUCAGUGCCUAUGAGCAGAAGCAGCCUGCGGGAAUGAAGCCCUCCAGCCCAGUGACGCCCCCCUGCAGCACCCCUGUGUCCCCCCUCCAUCAUGCCUCACCCACGGCAGCCCCGACACCCAAACCAGACAGGACCUACGCCCACAUACCGGCCUCGCAGCCGCUCCCUGACAGCGCCUACUCUAUGGACCACAGAUUUCGACGCCAGCUCUCAGAGCCGUGCCACUCGUUCCCCUCCCCUCCGACCAUGGCUCGGGACAGCCGGCCCAUCUACCACAGGCAGAUGUCAGAGCCCAACAUCCCCUUCCCUCCUCAGGGCUUCAAGCAGGAGUAUCCCGACCCCCUGUUCGAACACCCGGCCAUGAUGGGGGCGCCGCUACCCCACACGUACCCCGCCGGCAUGAUGAUCAAACAGGAGCCGAGGGACUUCACCUACGACUCAGCAGAAGUGCCUAGCUGCCAUUCUGUCUACUUACGGCAAGACGGCUAUCUGGCUCACGCUAACAGGACUGAAGGUUGUAUGUUUGACAAAGUGGCGAGGCAUUUCUACGACGACACCUGCGUCGUGCCUGAAAAGGUUGAAGGUGACAUCAAGCAGGAGUCGGGCCUGUACCGCGAGGGCCCGUCGUAUCAGCGCAGAGGCUCGCUGCAGCUCUGGCAGUUCCUGGUGGCUCUGCUGGACGACCCGUCCAACUCCCACUUCAUCGCCUGGACCGGCCGCGGCAUGGAGUUCAAACUCAUCGAGCCAGAGGAGGUGGCACGUCGGUGGGGGAUACAGAAGAAUCGACCAGCGAUGAAUUAUGACAAGCUCAGCCGAUCGUUGCGCUACUACUACGAGAAGGGAAUCAUGCAAAAGGUGGCCGGCGAGAGAUACGUCUACAAGUUUGUGUGCGACCCCGAGGCCUUGUUCUCCAUGGCGUUUCCCGACAAUCAGCGGCCGGUGCUGAAGACGGACAUGGAGCGGCAGAUCAACGAGGAGGACACGGUGCCGCUGUCGCACUUUGACGAAAACAUGGCCUACGUACAGGAGGGGCCCUACUGCCCGCCGCACCCCUACAGCGAGGGCUAUGUUUAUUAACGCCAGCCCACUCAAACACAUACACGCACACACACACACACACACACACCCCUCCACUCUACCCUCUCCCACCUCCUCCGUCCACACACCUGAGACUGUCAUGUCCUCUAAUUCACAGCCACUCCGGGAAUAAGACUGAACACAUACAUGCAGCGGAGCUUCCCUUCUCACAUAAACACACACACACACACAUCUUUAUUUUUUUUUUUUGCUCUUUCUGACGUUCAAGCCGCACAGCGGGAUGGAGAGUGCACUUUAUGGACAGGAAGUGCGGUGUUAACCUGCCAGGGGCUAGCUAUGUGGUUGGCUUUUUACCGUUGUUUAUGUUUGUACAUUAAUGUGGGAAUCAUGUUUUUUUUUUUUUUUAUUCUCAUGAUUUUGAGCAUGUGGCGCCCUGGCGAGACAGGACUCAACGGCUAACUCGUGGUCACCCAAGGACUGAAUCUUAAGACUUCAUGCAAAAGAAACUCGUCUACACACGCGCGGCGAAAUCGAAGGAUAAUCGCUUCUGUUUCGACUGGUUUGUCCCUCAAAACUGCCACCCUGUACCUUCACGCUCAUUUAAAGUGAAUACUGGCAACGUAUUGUAACAAUGCUUUUUAAGGUGAAGUGACAUGAUUAUAGACUUGGAAAAAAGUAAUGUGAUAAUAAAAGAGACGUUUAGCGACCAUCAGUGAGAACUGCCUCGCUCGUCAGUUUGAUCACGACACCUCUUGUGUGUCACUGAUCUCUGCCCCUCGUCCACUCAAACUGUAGAUCUCAUCAUCGUAGCUGUUUUUGCUGUUAAUGACAUAAACCCGUGGAUCAUUCUCUCAACGGCUGAAAAACCUUGUGGGUUAGUAAAGUAAAGACACAAGGAUGCACCUCGAGUGGUGCAGGUGAAAAUACAACCUGUGUUUAGGGUAAUCACUAAAGCUGCAGGCCGCUGUAAAAUAACUCCUCCACUGUAAACGGCAGUUUUCCUUUGUCUUCUGAAACGCAUCAAAGCAGUCAUUUGUUUUUUCAUUCAGGUGUUUUUCAAUGAAUAACAGGUGAAAGUGUAUGUACAGUUAAAGUGGACACAGCAACCGAUCAAUCAACACAUUCAGAAUAUUAUUUGCAUCCCCAAAAAUAAAAAAAUAAAGACAGAUGUUAUUGGCUUAAACAAUAAAAAAAGCUAAAAAAAAAAAAGCAAAAAAAAAGAAAGAAAAGAAUAGUCAAACACUUCCCUGAUCUUCUUUUCUCUGUUUUGUUCCAGGUCAACACAAGGUGUACAUUUUGCUUUGCCAUUGAUGGGGUUGCUUUUUUUUGGUAAAAAAAAUAAAAAAAAAUAUUUAGAGUUUUAUAAUGUGAUUAAAAAAAAAACAUUCAUGUUAUAACAAAGAUUAUGUUCCAUUGUAUAAUCAGGUAAAUGCACAUUUUGUUGCUGCUUCAAGUUCUAAGUGUAUUUUCUAGUCUUAAGAAAAAAGAAAGAAAACAAGUGCGGCAGUUCCGACCUGCUAUUCUUGAUUUCUCUUUUUUUUUUAUUUUGUUGUUUUUUUAUUUUAUUUUUUUGUUGUUCAAAUUGAGCAUUAAAAAAAGAAUCUGGUCUGAGUUUUGGUUCUCGAUGUUCACAUUUUUUGGGACGGGAUCGGCAAUAGGAAAGAUUCUGUAAUAAAAUAGCUCUGAAAAACAAAGUUAUCGCCACUUUUC